AUGAUUGAGAAGUUUGAAAUAGAAAUGGAAAUUGAUACAGGAGCUUGUGUCUCUGUCAUUCAUAUAGAUGAUUACAAUAAGUAUUUGAGACAUAUUGAAAUGCAAAAGGAUACCAAAUGUCUUAAGGUUGUGACCGGUGACCGUGUUAAUGUUGUUGGUGCAAUUUUAGUAAAUGUGGAAAUUAAUUGUAACUCGUGGAAACUUAAAUUGUAUGUGCUUGACGGCGAUCAAACUUUCACGCCUUUGCUGGGCAGAAACUGGUUGGAUGUUUGUGCUCCGAAUUGGAGAAAUAUAGUUGGCGAAUUAAAAUGUUUAAAUUCAUUAGACAAAUUCAAUUUCGAAAAGUAUUCACAACUAUUUUCGAAAUCAAAUAAUUCAACCAUUAGGGACUACACAGCUGAAAUCUACCUCACCGAUGAAGCUUAUCCAAUAUUUUCCAAACCGUAUCCAGUGCCAUAUGGUCUAAGGAAAAAGGUAGAAGAUGAAUUGGAGAAAAUGUGCAAGGAAGGUGUAUUAGUGCCCGUUAGCAGAAGCAGUAAUAAACGCGCCAACUCCAACAAAUAA